CAGAAGCCAGUGCUAAACAGCUUUUUCACAAGCGCUCUUUGACAGCGAGCAGGCGUGCAGACAUGGGACAGAAGCAGAUGAGAUAUCCUCUCCCGGAAGAGGCAGCCUGCAGGGGCGUAGACAUGGGCCAGGACGAGUCUGUGCUCAUUCUCCUUCGACACUGCAGGGACAUGAAACGGCAGGAGACUCGGCUCAGGCUCGUCACGCUGCUGCUGCUGCUCGGCUGUGCGGCACUUUUCUUUUUCAUCCUGCUUCGGGAAAACUCUGGAUCCAGCGGACGAGGGAGCAUCGACGAGCCACGACGAGCCAAGCAAGAGGCAACAUCCCCUCAAGCUGGUGUUCAAACAAACCCUGACAGACUGCGCAUUGACCUCACCUCCCAGAAUGUUCCAAACGAGACCUGUCCUCUGUUCCUGAAAUGGGAGCCUCUGUUUGGGGACAGACACUACAGCGAAGAAAAGCGAGCCAUCAGGAUCCCGGUGAACGGCUUCUAUUUCUUCUACCUGAAAGUGUUUUUCUGCUGCAAGCUGAGCAAGACCAAAGAAUAUGACACAUUAAGUGUGAAGCUGCUCAAGUGGAAUCCACAGCAUGAAAAAUCAAAACCCCUCACCAGUGAAAUGGAAAGUGCACCGUGCAAAGACGACGUUUUCAGGGUUUUAACUGUGGGGCAGCUUUUUUAUUUGAAUCAAGAAGAUCACGUGAGAGUGGAGGUUCAAGAGGGAGAAUCAAUGAUCAUUAAAUCAUCAUUCGGAGCUUUUUACACAUAGAGAGGAAGGCUGCAGGAGAAUAUGCAUUUCCAGUGCAUAUCAGAAUUCUCUCUUUUAUUUUAUUAUAGUUUACUUACUUCCAUCCAGUCCCCUUAUUUGUGGAAGUUCUUCCUGUGAGGGUCGUGUACUGUAAAAGGAGACUUAGCCGCUGUGACUUAUCUAAUUUAACCUCUCUUAAUGCUGAAUAGAAGUAUCAUAGGAAUGUAAAGAACGAUGCUCAUGAUAGUUAACCCUUUCAAGCCUGUUUACAUAUUUUUAUACCUCUAUCUAAUCAAAAUGAUCAUAAAUGACAAAAAAAAGCCUUCUGAAUACAGUCUGAUAAAUUAUAAAAGUGGAUUAUCAGUUACCAAAAACACCUAAUUUAUC